GCAUGUGACAGUUAUCUGCGCGCGUGUGUGUGUCUGUGUGUCCACGUGUGUCUGUCUGUGUGUGCUCGUGUCUGUCUGUCUGUGUGUGUGUGUGUGUGUGUGUGUGUGUGCUGCACGGCGACGUUCUGCUGCUGCUCUCUCUGCUCUUUUACUCGAUAUGAUGGUGCGUUGAAUGACCAGCUGCAUGGUGACGAUUUUUCUGUAAACACAUCGAGGAGGAGGAAAGUUAGUUGAACUCCCAAAGGAACGACAGUGUGUCACGGAGAGAGAGAGAGAGAGAGAGAGAGAAGGAGGCCGCAGGAUGAAGUCCAAAGGUAAGGCUGUGAAACCAUCCAGGAGGACCUGGUCUGACCCCGAGCCAGAACUAGAACCGGACACGGAACCAGAACCGGGUUCCAGCGAGCAGGAGGGCUCGGAGGCCUCGGUCCGGAUCGGCGGCUCCUGGAGGGGGUCGCUGAGGGGCGGCGACGGCAAGCGGAAGAGAGGCGGAGGCCGGCGGCGCAGGCAGCACGGCUCCGGCACCACGGAGCGCAGCGUCCGGCGGCUGGAGAGCAACGAGAGGGAGCGCACGCGCAUGCACAAACUCAACAACGCCUUCCAGGCGCUGCGCGAGGCCAUCCCCCACGUCAACACGGACAAGAAGCUGUCCAAGAUCGAGACGCUCACCCUGGCCAAGAAUUACAUCAAGGCCUUGACCACCGUCGUCGUGGACAUGUCGGGGGACUGCCUGCCUGCUGGCGGCGUCCCGUCGGAGGCCAGCGCCGCCAAGCUGCUCCAGUGCUACCAGAAGCACCUGAAGGACGAGGGGGAGGACGACCUCACCCAGUACCUCACCCACAUGCACAGCUUCAGCCAGCGCAGCUAACAGCGGCUGCAGAGACCUAGAGGCUUGUCUCCAAGGCAGAGAGAGAGAGAGAGGGAGAGGGGGGGGGGGGGGUGUGGAGUGAGCUUUAGGGACACAUCUCAAACCUUAUCCAGUUCCUUCCGGUGUAACUGCUCUGGGAUCUGCUCACAAGUGGUCCUCUGCCGGAGAUGGGUGCUGCACCUCUGGCGUUGAACCCGCGCUUGGCCGGAGCGCGGGGAUGUCAAAGGUCAGAACUUCACGCCAAUUAUGAAAUGAUUUGAGCACGAUUCACCCAGCGGACAAAAAGACUGCCGACCGGACGGCGGACAGCAGACGGGUGUCGGUUAUGAAGAGCGAGAAGACUUUAUUGUGAUUUUACUCCGGGGGCUAAUCUUUCGCCAUUCUGUCCGUUUUAUUCCUCAUCGUCUAUCUACGGUUCUCGUGUUCUCCUUUUCGUGUUAUCUUGUGAUCUUGUGUGUUUUUUAUGUUGAGGAACCUGCUGAGCGUGUAGCCUCUAGUCAUAACCGCCACAAUGGAAAUGAAAGAUGAGCGGCGGGCCUGAAUACUGAGACGUCGAAAGCUCAAACAAAUCGACCAAUUUCAGAACACGCGUCAUCUCACCCGUCGCUGGAGGGCAGAGCGGAUCAUUUAGAAGUGUGUGUUAUUUUCCAUGUUCCGUGCCUCCAGGUGGUGAAAAAGAUCAGGAGGAACUAUUUGGGGCAUUAUUAUCAAUAAACACAUUUAUUUAUUGA